UUCUUUUCCUUUUUUUUAAAUAAAAAAAAAAUUUAAGGACCAAAAAAAAUCUCAGCCGAUAAUCAUGUUCUUAUAAACUUGUGAGCUCAUUCCUUCAAAAUUGACUUGUUUUAAAAUUCUUUUAUAAAGUGUAUUGUCACAUAUCUCCAAAAUAUAAACUAAACAUAGUAUUGUCUGAAGAUUGUGUUCUAGAUCUGGGGUUUUAUAUGUCGCCACGUCUUCAUCAUUUCUGUUUAUUUAAUGGAUUAUGCUUGUUGUUUUAAGUUUCACUUGCUCACUUUUGGUUAAUUGAUCUCUAAGCUUUUUUUUCGGGUUUUUGGUAUUGUUGUAAACUCUUUCCAAAUCUUUUGCAGUCGAAUUAUUUUUGUAUUCGGUGGUUUUGGCUGGCUAAAAUUCUCUGUUUUAAGAAUAUGAUGUCGUUAGACCGUUAUAAACUUGUGAGCUCAUUCCUUCAAAAUUGGCUUGUUUUAAAAUUCUUUUAUAAAGUGUAUUGUCACAUAUCUCCAAACUAUAAACUAAAAACAUAGUAUUGUCUGAAGAUUGUGUUCUAGAUCUGGGAUUUUAUAUGUCGCCACGUCUUCAUCAUUUCUGUUUAUUUAAUGGAUUAUGCUUGUUGUUUUAAGUUUUACUGGCUCACUUUUGGUUAAUUGAUCUCUAAGCUUGUUUUUUCGGGUUUUUGGUAUUGUUGUAAACUCUUUCCUAAUCUUUUGCAGUCGAAUUAUUUUUGUAUUCCGUGGUUUUUGGUAUUGUUGUAAACUCUUUCCUAAUCUUUUGCAGUCGAAUUAUUUUUGUAUUCGGUGGUUUUGGCUGGCUAAAUCUCAUUUUUCUCUAAAGAGAUAAACAUGAAGAACUUUAUAUUCCUACUACGAUUUAAUUUUAUCUCUAUUGUAUUAUUAUCUAGUUAACAUAGGAUUCAUAUGUUGUAUAUAUAAUCAUUGUAUUGAAUCAAUAAACAUACCCUUUCAUAACAUAUUUCAUGGUAUCAAAGCUAAGAUCUUACAAACUCUGACAUAAUUUUUCUUUAAACAUAUACUUCUACAACUACUACGAUAGCCAAUGAUAAUACUUCAUCAUCAACCAAUACUACUAUUCCAGCGACACCACCAGCAAUUUUAAAGAAAUACUUCAUCAUCGUCAAAGUCGCACGGGUUUACAAAAUCUGGCACAAAUGGCCAAUAAUAAAACAUCUUAUUUUCGGGAACAUAGAGUAAUUUAAUCAAAAUAAAAAGGGAUUAAUUUUGUGUUGUACUUUGUGUGCGUUAAAUGAGUAAGAUGGGCAAUAAAUGGGACCCGAGACAGACGUAAGCAGUCAGUGAAAAAGAGUCGUCCUCGUAAACCGGGCUGUUUUUCUCGGUUAUUGGUGCUUGGUUUCCGCUGACACCGACAUGUCCGGUUCCUAGGUAACUUUGCUCUCUACCCUACGAUUCAUUCUGGAAUGGACGAUCCAGAUCUUCUUUUUCCUUUUCUAUCUGUGACGUGUGGUUCGAGUAUUUCGCCUGAGUCUCUCAGACGAGCCCUAAAUAAACCAAACUCAAGAAUCCAAUCCAGUAAAAACGAAAAUUAUCAAGUUCAAACAAAAAAUUGAUUAAACUGUAAAUUAAAUGCUGUUGACCAAAACCAGCAAAAUACUUUAAUAAAUAAAUAUUAUUAAAGUACACAUAUUUAAAGUUAACAAAGCCACCAGAUCACUUUUCAAUAUGGAGUAUAUGAUUUGAAAUCAGUACUGUAAUUAUACUAUAAGUCUACCAUAAACUUUCUCUAAGUAUCCCGUCGGAGUAGCUUUUAAAAACGUAAAUGCAUUCUCUUUUAGAGACUAUACAAAUCAGGUGCUCAAGAAAAAAGAGAGAAUACAAAUCUUCUUGACUGAAAAGAAUGAUAAUGCAUUAAUGCAUAAAUAAGACAAACAAAUACAAUCAUACGUAUGUUUCUUUAAGAGAAAGUUAAUUACUCAAAUGAAAUAUGAUCUACAAGAGGGAAAUUUGGCACGAACCGAUGUGAAAACAAAACCAAUGUUUUGUCGUUUUCAUAGCAAUUAAUUUGAAUGUAUGUUGUUGCAUCACCCCAUGUAGCUAACAUAAUAUGAGCGUUGCGUUUUAUUGCAUGGCACCUAAUAAUAUAUCUAAAGAUUCUAAACCCGCGUGACCCCGGCUGGAUAUUGUAAACAGGUAGAAUCAUAUGAAAAAUGGGAUUAAAAAUCAUCUUGCUUUUGAUAAUAUAUAGAUUGACAUAUUGGUUAAAAUGUUUUUGAUCGCUAGUAACAACCUAUAUGUCAUCGCAAACUCAUUUAUCUAUAUUAUAUAAAUUGUUAAAACCACCUCAGAAAAUUUAAUUGUUAAAAGCAUGCAAUUAUAUAUGUUUUGGUAGAUAAUAAUCGAUGGUAUAUUUUAGACUUCAUCACACAACAAAAUGUAAAAGCAUACAAUUACUUUAACUUAUAAGUCGAGGUGGAAGGUAAUAAUAAGGAAGAACAUAUACAUGAUAUACAUAUAUAGAAAAAAUUCCCUUAUAUAUAUACAUAUGUAUGUCUGUCUAUAAAGUUGAGGUUAAAAAAGAAUCAAUAUGAUCAUAUGAUUCAUAUUUCUGGAAUGUAACUUCUGCAAUGGAAGUAAAUAUUCAGUCUAUAAACAACAAGAUUGUUAAAUAAUGCCAUUAAUUUUUUUUUUUGUCAAACAAUUAAUUUUUUCAGUAUAAUUAAUGUUUAUAACUAAUUACAAGCACACAAGUGCACAACCCUGUGAUAUAUACACAUAUCUAUAUGUAAAAUAUGUGCAGAUGUCGUUUUGGGGACUUGACAGGGAUUUUAAAUUAGAAGGAAGAUUUCUGUUGCCCUCGGAAAUGACGGUUAUUAAAUAUGUAUAAGAGACAAUUAAACUGGGUAUUUUUCAGAAGAAAUUGACUUGUAUCAUGAAAAGGGUUUGAAAUUGAAUGUACUUACUUGGAGUACGUCGGAUUUUACCGCUCUGGAUUUCACUGUAACAUUCUAUUUCAGGUAACCCUAUACGCACCAUAUAGAGACAAUAACCAAAAUUAAUCAAACUAUUAAACCGAAAUUACCAAAUCCAUGUAAGAAAAUACAAAAGAAAAAUCUAGGGCUUAGAUCUUUUGUCCUCUCUAUAAAUAGAAGAAACUACAAUAACCCUGUCACAUGCUUCCUUCCUUCUUCUUUCGUAAAGAUUAUCACCUUCUUGUCUUCUUUAUCCUCUGCUUCUUCUUCUAAAGCGAUUUAGGGUUUAGAGGAAUGUUGUCUGGCUCGAGGUCAUGAAGAGUCGAUAUUUAACGAAAUACAAAACUCUAUAUGAUUCUCGGACCAGGCUUCAUCCCCCUCAACCUAUUCAUCGCAAUUUCCUCAAACUAUUACUUUUAACGUCACAUCUCAAUGAUCUCAUCACGAUAGUUGAUUCAUGGUUGAGAAAAUGUUGUCAUUCAUACUUAAGUUUCUAAAGCUUAUUGUUCCAUCGAGGUUCAUUUUAUGAUUCAUGCUGCAGUGUUAGUUAUUAUAUAGCCAUUGACAAACUCAUCAAACAGCUAGAAUUAUCAUUCUCUUAAAAUGUUAACCAUCUUUUUCUUCUAUGUUUGAAUAUUGUUCCCCAUGAAGUGUUUCGAGCCUUUAUUUGCGGAUUGUUAUUUGUUAGCCGUUCCUUUUUACUAGGAACAAAGAAGUAAUUAACCAAAGAAAUCUGGAUCUAUGAAUGCAAAUCCCUUCUGUUUUUUAUACACCUUGAAAGAUAUUUCACUUUUCCGUUUUUAAAACGUACACGUCUAGUCAUAUAUAUUCAUUCAUACCAACUUUGGGGGAAAAGUUAAGUUAUCAUGAAACAACAAUCUAUUGAGGCAGCAUGAAAGAUAUAAAUUGGCCAUUUUCUCUUUUUUUUCACAUCUAUGAGUUGCAACAAUAUUUGUUACAACCUUUCAACUAAACUUUAUAAUUGACAUAUAUAUCAGUUCACUGCAUGUACGUUUUUUGUGUGUUGGUCAAAAUUUAUAGUCACUUGGAAAAGUUAUUUAUAUAUAUAUAUAUAUAUAUUAAUAAUUCAACAAAUGUGAAAAGGGUAGAGGAAAAAGAGAAGACAAAGAACAAAAGAAAGCUUUGCACGUGAAUGAUGUGGAAACCACCAUAUGGCUUUCCGCCAUACUACAAAAAGUCUCGUCAAGUUGAAAUGUUAUUACACGUAACAUGAAAAUGAAAAAUAACUUCUUCUCUUUUCCCCGUUGUUGGAAACUAUUGUGAUUGAUUGACUGUUUUCCAUGAAACAAAUCUUACAGAGAGAGAAGAUAUGAUGUGAUGUGUAUAUUGUUGAUUUUUAUAUAGUGGCGUGAAUUAGAAUUUCAAAAAGUUAGCUAGUAAACAUUUUUGUAAUUUAAAUCGUUUGUUAGGGAAAAUGUCCUAUAACGUCGGAGUUAUUAACAGUUUCUGCAAUUGUCAGAGUCAUGGGAGAUAAGAAGAUGAAACAAUGGAAUGAUGAAUAAUGCGAUGAUUAACUGAUUAUAGGAAGAGUUUACUGUUGAGCAGUAAUUUUACAAAUGAGUCUGUUUCUUUUUGAUAAAACGACACAACGAAACAUCGCCUUCGCUCGUCGGUUUAAAUAAAGCUUUUUUUUUGUUAUUUGCAAACGGUUAUUUUCUGUUAUUUUUCUUUCUAUCUUCUUCUGUUCUGAAUUAUUAUUUUGUUUGAUGGAGCCUCUUAACGUUGAAUGCGAUCUUCAGUCACUGAGAAGAUUAUACAGUCUUCUUCUUCUCCAAUCAAAUGCAAACAAGGAAUAUGUACCCCAAACAUUUUUGUUAGAUGAGAAUUCACAGUUUCUACUAAAACGGUUGCUCGAUUCUGCGACCGAGGAACUAUUGGCUAGACAACACAAGGUACUUGCACAAGCACAGUUAGGUUUGCCAGAGAAAGUUUCUACACCGAGUACUAAAACAAACUCAGUCUCAAGGGGUAUCGUCAAGUUGCCUAGUAAGGCUGCUUUAACACAUGAAGUCGUUGAUUCAAUCGAAAGAAUCGAAACACAGCUUUCUGCUUUUCAGUUUUGUUCUAGUCGUGGCGAUAGAACAAGGUCUUGCAAGUCUCCUGGUGGAGUAACUCCCACGGAAGAAGAAGGUUACUCAUCUUCUGUAAUGACUUUUCAAAGGUUAAACGAAAAAGCGUUGAUGGAACCAAGACAAAGCUAUUUAAGGAGUAGGCAAAUGAGGCAUACUACAAGAACAUCAAGCGUAGCUCCUAGCCUUAGAAGUGUGACUAAUAAUGCAACAGUUGGAAGCCGUUAUGAUCCAGAUUUGGCUCUUCAGUCACACUCUUCUCAUGAUGAUCAGAUUGGUCUUGCCACGUCAAGACCGCCUCGUCCUCUGAGGUCUGUUGGUUUCGAGAAGCCUAGCAGAACGUCACAGAAGAUGGCUAGUAUGAAACCAACUUUGUUAUUGGAUCAAGGAAUCGACACUGGAACAAGCUCAGAAAGCGAACAACAAGUUUAUUCAACAGAGCAAGAAUCAGAUGAAGCCUAUGGUGGGGAAACAGUAUCAACCUCUGGCUCAAGCUGGGAAACUCAUGCUGAGAGCGUCACCGAGUCAGACUCAUCAUAUCCAUCAGAGAGUGAAGGUGAUGAUGAGAACCCUCAAGUCAGUGAUUCUCCUCCACAUAACAGAUCAAGGGGUCUUGCAAAACAGAGGAAAAACGGGGCAGGGCGGCUUAAAAGAUUCAAGGACAAGCUAGGUAAAGUGUUUCACCAUCACCACUACCACCACCAUGAGCAUCACAACAAGAAAGAAGAGCAAGGCCGCAAGCCAUCAGCUUGGAAGCAUUUAGUGAAGAAACAUCUCCACAAAGACAAAGAGAAAUUGACUGAAAGGCGGAUGAAGUCAGAAUCCAAAGGUCUAACUACACAUAACAACAAAGGUGGACAGUUUCAUGCGCUGGUGAAAGGAUUCAUGAGACAUCAUAGAAGACACUCAAAGAACAAAAAGCAGAAGUUGAAAACCCCUAAGCGUCAAGGUGGUGUCAAGUUUCCCAAAAGAGAGAGGGUUAAGUCAGAAAAAACAAAUUAUUUAUGUAAUAAGGAUCAAGAACAUGAUGGAAACUAGUCUUAUAAAGGUAUACAAGAACCAAAAAAAACAACCUUAAACGUUGCAAAU